ACGUCAGCAUGAGAAGCAGUGUGCUGGUGCUGCGGGUGAAUCGCUCGCACUGAGUCUCGUGGAGUUUCUCUGAGCUGCUACUUGGUCGCAUCAAAGCACAAAGUUCUUGACACCUGCGGCUGCUUCUCAUCACCGAGGCCGCUCAACGCCUCUUCCCUUUAGAGCUCCACGGGUUAUGGACAUUUAAAAUUUGACAGCACAGCACCAGAACAACCGCCUGAGGUGAAACCCGACCGUCAACAUGGGCAAGCAGAACAGCAAGCUCCGUCCCGAGGUGAUACAGGACCUGUUGGAGAACACAGACUUCACCGAGCAAGAGAUUCAGGAGUGGUACAAAGGUUUCCUGCGGGACUGUCCCAGUGGCGCGCUCACCAUGGAGGAAUUUAAGAAGAUCUAUGGCAAUUUCUUUCCCUACGGAGAUGCGUCAAAGUUUGCGGAACACGUCUUCCGAACCUUCGACGCCAAUGGAGAUGGAACAAUAGACUUCAGAGAGUUCAUCAUAGCCCUGAGCGUUACGUCACGGGGACGUUUAGACCAAAAGCUGAAGUGGGCUUUCAGCAUGUAUGAUCUGGACGGCAACGGAUACAUAAGCAAAGCGGAAAUGCUAGAGAUUGUACAGGCAAUCUAUAAAAUGGUAUCUUCUGUCAUGAAGAUGCCCGAGGAUGAAUCAACACCUGAGAAACGCACAGAAAAGAUCUUCCGUCAGAUGGACACAAAUCGUGAUGGUAAACUUUCAUUGGAGGAGUUUGUAGAGGGCGCAAAGAACGACCCAUCCAUUGUGCGACUCCUGCAGUGUGAUCCCAGCAGUGCCGGCCAGUGAAUCAACAGAUUUUACCACAGGGAUUUAUGUAAACACACAACCAUCAUUUUCCAUAUCAAACUAUAGCAGUGACUAACACAAUUUUCAGAGACACUACAAGCAUGUGCUCACGUGUCCCGCUGCACUCUGGAUCCACAUAUAGGGCUUUUUUUCAAACAACAGGUAGUGAUGUAAGUGACCUCACAUCCUGUUGUAGACAUUCGGUACUGAAAUGUACUCCCUUAAAUGUCACAAACGCAGUUAAGGGCUCUAAAGUUAACGGAGGAUGAGAUGUAUUAUGUGCUUGUUUAAGCUUUUGAAAGUUUGAGUAUUUAUAUUCAGAACAGAAAUCUUUUGAGGAGGGGCAUUUUUUUACUUGAAAUUUAGUUUUGCAACAUUUAUUGCAUUAUGAUAUAAGAGCAGGACAUCUUAGUCCUUGUGACCCUACCCAGCACAUGUCUUUUUUUUGUGAUUUACUGUUUUUUUUAUCAAAUAAUCUUACGUAAUGUAAAGAGCAUUCUGUGAAAAUAUAACCUUGAUAAAUUGGCUGAGUAAGGUCAUGUCAAAGAUUGAAAUCAAUGUGAAAUCAAACUUUGCUGCUCCUAAUAUCAAAUUAGAUUAUAAGUAGUGCAGAUUAAUCGCAUACAAAAUAAAAGUGAUUUUUUUUUGCAUAAUAUAUGUGUAUGAAUUAUUAUGUAUAAUUUAACCACACACACAUAAAUAUAUUCAUUUCAGAAUUUUUUAUUUAUAAGUAAUUUUUUUACAUUUAUAUAUAAUAUAGACUAUAUAAAAAUAUAAAUAAAUAUAUAUACACAUGUAAAUGUUUAUUAAAUACACACAUGAAUGUGUGUGUAUUUAUAUAUACAUAAUAAUUACACACAGCACACACUCAUGUCUUAUGCAAAAAAUGACUUUUAUUUUGUAUGCGAUUAAUCUUUGCCCAGCACUAACCUGGGUUUUACGCACAGGGUCACAAAUAAUAAAGACCCCAAGAAAUCUCCUUACCUGGACAUUUUUUUACAUUUUUAAUAGGGAUGCAUAAUGAUUAAUCGUGAUUAAUCUAUAGCAGAAUAAAAGUUUUUGUUUACAUCAUAUAUUUGUGUGAACUGUGCAUAAUAAUUAUGUACAUAUAAAUAUGCACACAUGCAUGUAUAAUUUUAAGAAUUUUUUUAUAUAGCCUAUAUUAAGUAUUUAUAUAUAAUAUAAAUUAUACAUAAAUAUAUUAAUGUAUAUACACAUUUCUUAAAUGUAUACAUGCAUGUGUGUGCAUUUAUCUAUACAAAGUUAUUAUACACAAUUCACACAAAUAUAUGAUGUGAACAAAAGCUUUUAUUUGGCUAUCGAUUAAUCGCGAUUAUUCGUUAUGCAUCCCUAAUUUCCAACAGGCUUUAGUUUUAUUGACACCCUUGCUAUUGGAAGACUAUAUUACUGAACAAAAAUGUAGUCAUACUUUUUUGAUACAAUAAUAUGCUAAAAAAAACAUUUUGACAACUUUUAGUAUUGCACUUGCAAGGUGACCUCAACGCUUGCAGACUCAUACUAAAAGCCACUAAAUUCACAUUUCUUGGGGUCUUUAAAGGAACAGUUGGGCUCAGAUUUUUAUGUGAUCUUUUAAAACUUUUUUUAACAUUUAAUGCUCAAUGCAUAGGACAUCAUAGAAACCAUAAUACUGUUUUUGCUGCUUCAAAAGAGAGCGAACAUGAACAAGUGUUAGAGAAAAAUGUAGAUAUUAUUUAAGGUUUUAUUUGGUGGUUAAGUUGCCACACCACAAAAAUGCUUUUUAUUAUAAAACUGUUGUUAUUUUUAAAAUAUGACAUUUCCUUUUGUUGUAAGUAACGCAUUUGUACAGUGAAAGUCUAUUGUGAGAACAGCAAAGACCACACAAUACUAUGCACAUGCACAAUGAAUCACUGCAACAUUUGCUGUCAGACACAAGCCAAUAGGAUCACUUCUGCUAUCUAGCACACACUCUCAAAAUUAACUUUUGUACCUAAAAAAUACACUUUUGUACCUAAAAGGUGUAUAUUGGUACCUCAAAGGUACACAUUGAUGAUUUAAAGGUACAUACUAUUUCCUCAAAGGUACACAUCUGUACCAAAAGGUACCGUCCCAGUGACAACGUUUACCUUUUUUCAUCUUUCCAGACCUUGAUUCAGUAAAUGUGCUGCCCGUACAAUCAGUUUUCAAUCUAAUCGAAGAAAAAUGCAUUGUAGACUCAAAUAAUGGGAGACUGAUUCAUGAUCUUUAAUUUGACUGAAUCCUGAAAUCCUUAAAUUCCAGAUUUGAGAUGAUUUGGAUGUUUUUAAUUGUUUCAAUUGUAUAUUGUGCUUGUUUAGCAAAUACUAAAUGUGGGGCUGCACAAACUGAAUGUAUUUUCUGUAUCGGUUUUCAAGAUGAAUCUGUGAAUGCUUUUGUGGUGUGUAUUUGGUGCUUUGUAAGUACGUACUGAUGUGUUCGAUCAGCAGUGACAUGUACAUUUCUCUCAAGAGCAUGCAGUCUGUGACAUAAAUAUAGCGAGACAACAAAGUGCAUAUGAAAAGAUCUCAGAAAAAUACAUUUCUACACGUCCUCAGGGUUACAGUUCACUUUAGGUCACCGGGAACUGGCUAAAGAGAUGACAUGCUUCUGUGUAAUGCAAAUCUAUAUUAUAAAUACACACUCGCUCAGAUUCAAACCACAUAUAUCAAACUGACCAGAUGAAUUAAUGCAAAAGCUUUAUUCCAAACCAACACAACAAUGAAGAAUUUCCUUGAGUUUUUUUUUUUUGUUAAAUCUCUAUCAUUAACAUAAUACAGCAUCUGGUAUUUUACAUUUAAACUGCACAAGACAACAUGUGGUCAAGUGCCAAACACAGCUAAAUAGAAAUGGCAUAACAAGCAGUGUUCAUAACAGUUUCUUUUGGACUGUUAUCUGUCGAAUGAAAUGUUUGUCAUUAUUGUUUUGUAGAUUUUAUAUGGUAUCUUGUAUAUUGUGUGAGUGUAGAUAUUAUAAAUACAGGCAUCUGUUUUGAUUUAUCAUGAAUAAAGUCUUAUUGAAAA